UCAGCCACUACUGUGCAGCGCUCAGUCUAGCAUGAGACAGCCAAGGGUGAGCAACCAAGUUUUCACACAUUAAAGGUGCUAAGGUGGACCAAGCACUCCGGGAAUACCACCAGCCCACAGGAGAGAAGCGUGCCAUCAUGUUUAAGACAAGCUACCGGCAUGAGGUGCACAAGGAAAAGUAUGAGCGCUCGGAUAUCUUUGAGGAUGAUGCUGAAGAAUCUGCAGGUAUCUCAGCCAUCCAGGGCUGGGAGAGCCUCCAGGAGCUCAACAGCCGUUUUGCCCGGUACAUCAACAGGGCAAGAGUCUUAGAGCAGCGCAAUGCCGUGUUCCGCAAGCAGCUGGAGACACUGCAGCGAAUGGAAGAGGCCAGCGGCUUGGAGGAAGCCUUCACAGAGCAGAUUGAAGUCAACAGGCAGCGCAUUCGAGAGCUGUUCUCCGACCAUGCCAAGCUGCAGCGGGAGCUGAAGGAUGCUUGCCGCAUGCUGGAUGAAUAUACCAACAAAUACAGAAAUGAAUGUGAUUAUCAGGAGCAGCUUCGAGGCACACUGGAACAGUUAAACAAGGAGGCUGACAGCGCUCUGCUGAGAAACCUGGAGUACCAGAUCCAGUCUCAGUUUCUGCAGGAUGACAUCAGUUCCACCAGAGACAGACACAAGAAGAACCUCGCAGAGAUCCAAACCUAUGUAAACAUUUUAAAGCAAAUCAACCAGACGCUCCCCCUUGUUCCCAAUGUGUCAGUUGGCAUCUCCGAGAGACACACUGCAUUUGUCUGCAUGUCUUCACUGAUUUGUGCUCCAUGUGUGAAGGAGCAGGAGAAGCUGUUGGCCCAAAAAAAAGUACCAGUGCUACAGAGUCAGCUGGAGGAAUACAAGAGUGCCCUCUGCCAGCUGCAGGCCCAGAAACAGCGACUACAGACUGAGAGUACAAUGUUGGAGCAAGCCAUCAAAAACACCCAGGAGAGCUAUGACGAUGAGAUCCAAAUGUACAAUGAGAAAAUCGAAUCUCUGCGGAAAGAGAUUGAGGAAACUGAGAGGUCCUUGGAGAAGUACACCAACGAAUGUCGCCACCUGGCAAUGUAUCAGACAUCCCUUGAGAAUGAGCUGGAGAGGUACAAGAGGAUCAUUGAGAAUGAAGAUAACAGGUUGAAUUCAGCAAUAAUUGGCACUCCCAUUACCCUGCUUACCCCUAAUUACCGCUACACUCCCAGAUCUACUGCAUCAAGCAGAGGGAGAGAUAUCACACAGGCUAUUCAGGAGAUCACCAGUAUCAAGCCACGACAGAAGAUAAUGGUUAAGAAGGGCCUGAAGAAGAAGGAUCUGACCCCAAAAGAUGUGAUGGAUAGUGGCCAGGAGGAAGAAAACAGAGACAGUGGAGAGGGUCCAAAUGAAGAAACGAAGGGGGUCAAGUCUGAGGAGGUGCAAGAGGAGGGGGUGAAGAGAGAAGAGCAGAGACCUGCUUUCGGUGGAGUGUCUCCACAGGAUGUUCCAGAUGGAGCUCAGAUUAGCAAAGCCUUUGACACUCUCUGUAACAUUGUCAGAGAAAGAAUGAGGAAAUACAAGAAGCCUGAACCAAUCGCUGAUUUCUACACCAAGGGUCGUUAUGUGCUUGUCACCGGUGACGGAAGCUACCUAGAUCCCUGCUUCUACACCUCCACACCAUCAGCUGGCCACAUCUUUGUUACUAUCAGAGAUGGAAUGAUGGCUCCCUAUGAACCUUAUGGGCGUGACACACCAUCCCCUCCACCUCCUCAACCCAUGAUAGAUCCUAGGCCUCUCAGUCCAACCGUGCCCACCUCUGGAGGAGAAGGAAAGGAGGAUAAAAAGGGUGGAAUACAAAAGGAUAAUGGAGAAAAAGGUAAAAACAACAAUAGAGAGCCUCAACCUCACUCAAAGGAGCCAAGACCAGUAUCUCCACCCUCUGGCCCAAGCUCUGGCCCCAAAGAUCCCACCCCAGGUGCUAAACAUCCCAAGAAAACUAGGGAUGACAACGGCCCAAGCGGGCCCACUCCAAAGCCUGCACCUCGUGGUGCCAGCACCAGCUCCAGUUCAAGUUCCAGCACUAGCACCAGCACCAGCUCGACUAGCUUUACUCCAGAUGCCAUGACUUACGAGAAGGUGGAGGUUGUGGAGUCUGUGGAAAAGUUCUCCAAUGGCCGCAAGAUGAAAGGUUAUGAGGAAACUUCCGUGGUGGUGGAGACCAUGAUUGAGAAGUCCAGCAAGAAGAAACACUGAAACCAUGUCACCUGACAUAAAGGGUCAGAAAACCAGGACCCUACAUGAGACAGGUUCUCUAGCUGGAAGAUAAUAUUGAUACACUCGGACUUCAUAACCACCACUGUUUCUAAAACUACUGUUUUAACUCUAAUGUUCUUGUCUCUUAGGGAGACCAUCCACACAUAAAGAGCAACUAGACAUUCCUGCUUUGAUAAACAUUGCUCUUCCAUUUGCUUGCAGUCUCUGGUCUUGCGUCCAGAAUAUGUUUUGCUGGUUCCAUAAGUACUGCUGUUGUUGUUCGAGAUAUUCACCCAUACUCAUGCUGAGUCCUUUACUGUCUGAAAACUUGGAACAAUGAAAAAAACAAAGCGCCACCUAUAAAAAGAGAGAAAAAACACAAAAAACUGAAAACAAAAAGCUGGGCCACCCUUUUUGAACUAUGUCUUAGAACUCUGACCUUCCCCUUUUUAGCUCAAUUGUUCAAUUGGAUGCCACUGCCUGCCCUCAGCACAAUUUUGCUGUGUAUUAAUUUGCUUUGAUAUAUUUAAUAAUAAAAAAGAC